AUGGCGACGGAUUACUUGACGCGAAAGCACUCUGGGCUGAGUGACGGCAUCGGUUCCCCUACAUCGUCUCCCGGCCCCCAAGCGGUGAGGGGUAAUCCCCUUGCAGCCAAAGUCACGAGUGUCCUUUCGGCGUCCUACACGGAUUCUGAUAUCAGGGAUGCACUAAGUCUUUUGGACAAGCGCGGUAUUGAGAACGACGCUGAGACCCGGCGCCAUCUGAGACUAGACAUCCAGAAAGAAGUUAUUGAAAGUAAUGGCGACAUUAUACGCGAAUUCGGCCAAGUUGCAGAGCAACUUACCCGGAUUGGCGCUACCAUUGCAAGUCUUAAUCAGGGUUGUGAAGAGAUGAAGAAGCACAUCUCGGCUGCCCACCGAGAAACAGCUCCUGUACUUGAAGAGGCUUCCGAGCUUAUGAAGCAGAAGCAUCAAAUUGAAGCAAAACAGCAGCUCUUGAAUGCAUUCAAUUGUCAUUUUGUUAUGUCGGACGAUGAUAUAGCUACUCUCACAUCGACUGCUGAACCUGUAGAUGACAGGUACUUUGCAGUUUUAGCAAAGGCAAAAAUAAUCCAAAAUGACUGCGAGAUUCUGCUUGGUACGGAAAACCAACGCCUGGGUCUUGAAAUCAUGGAGCAGGUCUCGAAAAAUCUAAAUGGUGCCUUUCAGAAGCUGUACAGGUGGAUCCAGCGCGAGUUCAAAACUCUCAACCUAGAGAAUCCUCAAAUAAAUUCGUCAAUACGACGUGCACUCAGAGUUUUGGCUGAGCGUCCGACUCUUUUCCAAAGCUGUCUAGACUUUUUCGCCGAAGCACGAGAAAAUGUCCUCUCUGAUGCCUUUUACACUGCUUUAACUGGCACGUCGGUCACUGGCCAGGAGGAUACCUCGGUGAAGCCUAUUGAAUUGGCAGCUCACGAUCCACUGCGAUAUGUUGGAGACAUGUUAGCCUGGGUUCACUCUGCUACUGUCAGUGAGCGAGAGGCACUUGAGGUUUUGUUCAUAUCGGAAGGGGACGAAAUAGCCAAAGGUAUACAAGCUGGACGAGAGAGCGAACCCUGGAACCGCAUCUCGGAGGAUGAAGAUGAAACUAGUACCUUUGAUGGGCUUAAGGCUCUUAAUGAGCUGGUGGAUCGUGACGUUGCCGGGGUCGCCAGAGCGCUUCGUCAACGGAUUGGGCAAAUGAUCCAGAGUCACGAAGAAACGAUAAUGGCAUACAAGGUUGCAAACCUCCUCAACUUUUACCGCGUUAUGUUAUCCAAGCUGGUUGGCGAUGACUCCGUUCUUCUAGAGUCGCUAUCCAGUCUUGAAGAAUCCGCCAUGCGCCAGUUCCGGGUCUUGAUGCGUGAUUAUAUGGCUACUCUACCAACGGAUAUGCACAUUUCACCUAAUGACCUUGGCCCGCGUGAUUUCGUGCAAGAUGGCUUGAAGCAACUUACCGCUAUAAUGGAAACCUACGAUACGUCUUUUGCCUCCGUCAACAGCAAAGAGGCAGACUUCCAGCCAAUAUUGGCUGGAGCCUUCGACCCAUUUAUGAAAACAAGCGAAAAAAUCGCUCAAGAAUUGGAGCAGCCGGUACUCUCCAUAUUCUCGAUUAAUUAUCUUCUAGCUGCUCGCAACGCUUUGGCGCCAUUUGAAUUCACGAAGGGACGCGUCGUCGAAAUCCAGGAUAGUAUUGACCAGCAUGCGGCUAGACUGAUCGAGUAUCAAUACUCGUUUUUCCGCACAAACUCGGCACUGCAACCUCUGCUUCAGGCGUUGGCACCACUGUCAGAUACCCCAGAUGAUCUUAGAUCGAUCCGAUCCCUUGAAACAUUCCAGCCAGAGGUUCUCACUCAAGCAAGCCAAGCCUUGGAUGACUUCCUUCCAUCCGCCUUGAUGGACGCUACGGAGAAUCUGAAGCACCUGCAAGAUUCCCACCUAGCCCGUGAGAUAACCGAAACGGCCGCUGAGAGAUUCUGCGAUGAUUUUGAGCAGGUGGAGGAGAAGAUUAUUGCUGCAGACGAACUUUGGGAGCAGGAGGAAGAAGAGGGCAGUGGGGCAAUGACAGAACCCUUGCGUGCUUUGUUCCCCAGGACCAGUGGAGAAAUCAGGGUCUUACUAUCCUAA